UCAAAACAAUACUAAUACACAUCUCUGACAAAGAAAAAUAAAACAACGUUUGUUAUCAUUACAGGACAACGUUAAAGUACCAUUAGCGGACAUUCAAACAAUCUAUUUGUUGUAAGACGUACAAGAGAGUACGUAAUCUGUAGAUAAACGAACAUCUUCUGACGAAUUUAGACACACCCACGUCAAUGUUAAAAGAGCCUUAAAAUAACAUGCGUUCACUUGACGUCACAUUAAAUGAGCUAAUUUGGCGACGAAAUCAGAGCAUUUACAAGCACACAUAUACCGACGAAAUGGUGGUCAUAGUCGCCGGCACAAAGAUGAUUCCACAAACUUGCAUAUCAAACUUACAUAACGUCUUCCGUGUGUCCUGGCCCUUUUAGCAAGUUUAAGCUGAUUGUGUGACACAUUUGGGUAUAAAAUAUUAAUGUUCUGUUUCUAAAAGUACACUUAAUCAUAUACUUUGGGGUGAAGAAAUCCUUUCAGGAUAAACAGUUCAAUUUUACCUGCAGAGAAUAUACAUCCAUAAAUUGUUUCAACUCCAAAAGGAUUCCCACACAUUAUUUUCAUUUUGGAAAAUAGCAGGCACUAUUAACUCCCAAGAGGUGAUGCCGGGUGUGCAAUCCCAGGGUACAAUUCGUGGCUCCAGUGACAGAGCAGCAAUCGGAUCCUCUUCUGCCGCCUCAAAGCCUGCUACAUCUUUGGCUGUAAUGCUGGGAUUUGAAGGAAUAAAGACCUUGGACUUCUGGAGGGCUGUGGGUGCAGAAUUCCUGGCCAUGCUUCUAUUUGUGCUGCUAGGUGUUGGCUCCACCAUUGGAUGGCAUGAUGUUGCAGACGCAAGCGGAGUUGUUACCGCAAAAGAAAAAGUAUCCCACCAGGUCCUUAUCGCGUUGUGCUUCGGCCUGUCCAUUGCCACCACGGUGCAAUGCUUUGGCCACAUCAGUGGCGGACACAUCAACCCGGCCGUCACGGUGGCGAUGAUGGUGACUAAAAAAAUUGGCCUGGUAAAAGGACUAUUAUAUGUCUUGGCCCAGUUAUUUGGAAGUGUAGCAGGAGCGGGGCUCCUCUUCUCCGUCACACCUGAAUCAAAAAGAGGGGGCUUCGGCGUCAGCUCGGUGGGAGAAAUAAGUCCGGGAACUGCCUUAGUCGUGGAGCUGGUGUUAACAUUUCAGCUGGUCUUCACCAUUUUUGCCACUUGUGACUCCAAACGCACGGACCUCGGGGGAUCUGCUAGCUUGGCCAUUGGUUUAUCUGUAACCAUUGGCCACUUAAUGGGGAUUCCGUACACAGGAGCCAGCAUGAACCCAGCUAGGUCUUUUGGCCCAGCAAUGGUCAAACUUCAGUUUAAAAACCACUGGGUGUACUGGUUGGGACCUAUGCUUGGUGCCGUUAUCGCUGCCGUCCUCUAUCACUACAUCUUCUGCCCUGAACAUGACUUCAAACCCAGACUGAGGCAGGUUCUUCCCAAUGACGUGAGGGAUGACAUGGCCCUCAAGCCAGGCUCCUUGCAGCCGGUGAAGAAGAAGAAGAGAACCGAGAGAAAAGACCCACCGCCAACGAGAGACGUGUUGUCCACUGUAUGAAAACCCCACACACCGUAAACAGAAUAACCCGUAGACAAGUUUUUUGGCCCCACAGUCCUUUGAGAUCAUUUAUCAUUGAAGCAGAAUGCCUUUAGAAUCCCAAAAUGCAUGCUCCUAAAUCUAUUCUCAGCCUCGAUACAGCUCCUGAAGUACUGAACAAUUAGAUGACGUGUUGCCAUAUGGCAAUCAGACAGGCCGCCCGCAGAACAUUGACUGCAUACGUUCAACCGUUUAAAAUAAGAUCAUCACAAAGAAUGAAGGAAAAACAUUUUGUCACAUUUAGUCGGUGUGAUGACUUAAAAAAAAAAUGAGCAAAAGGUGUACUCUUCAUGUGAAAAGGUUUUUAUUUUUUGAUAAAUGUAAAUAUGCUAAUUCCUAUUUAUGCUUAUAUUUGGUUCGUGUGUGACGGGGGUGUUCCACAUACAAGAGGAUGCCAGGGGCCACUUUGAUAUAUUUACAUAGUGGAACCUUAGUUAACGUCGAUAAUUUGUUCCAGAAGGUCCAAACCAAAUAAAAUGUUCCCAUAUGAUAUAUCUAAUAUCUUCCAGACAGCCAAAAAUGGAAAAAAAAAUUUAGGUUAGUUUUUUAAUAUUAGUUUUGAUUGCAGAAAACAAUUAGAUGAAUUAAAGGUGCAAUUUCACCAUAUAAUGAAAUUAUAAAAAUGUAAAUGUAAUGUAGUGACAUUUUGUAUAAGAUUUAAUAUAAAUUUUAAUAUAAAUUUAGCAUAAGUUCAUCACAUAUGAAAGGUACAGUAUGUGAUGAAUGAAAGGUAUAAAUUUUGGGUUACAUUUACCUGCAUUGAGAAUGUGAUUCUUGCCAAUGACAAAGAUGGGCGAACGCUUCCACUGUAAAUAGUUUUUACUUUUGCAAAAAAAAAAAGGCUACAACAUUUUAUUUGAAUGUUUUAUAUUGUUGCUCAACUUUUUCCUAUUGUUUCUAGUGUUCAAUUAUGUUUCAUUCUUUCUCAUGGGCCAAAUGAGCGCCAAUGGCCCCUGGGUUGCACUUUGGACACCACUGGUUGCAAUGGUGUGGAGCACAUCUAAUAAAAGAUCAUUGUUAAUGAACUAUAUCACAAUAAAGUUUUGUUUUUUC